AGCUCAGGUUACACGUAGAAUUAAUCAGUUCCAAAGUUGUUGACGUAUAUUCCUGUUAAAGCUGUUUUCCGGCUUAGGAGGCGGUUAAGUUGGUGUUUCACAAACGAAAAACGACUCACGGAAAUUGGAAAUCGUGAUGUUUCUGGCUUAUCUUUUAAUCCGGGUUUUGUUCGUGUAUGCAGUGACGCAGUUUCUCAGUAAGUGGGUUCUCGUCAGUGUGCUAGUUUGGCAGAUACAUUUGUUGCAUUUAAGUUACGAGAAAUGUAUUGAGAGGUGUUACGUACAAUACAUUCAAACACCCCCUUAAUGACGGGGUAACGACUGAAAAGCCAGUAGACUGUGCUAACGUCACCUGACAAUGACUGUUGCUCGUGACAUGGACAAAGAGUCUUUGUUCAUGGAAUGAAAACACAAAUAUAUUUUUUUACUUUGCAGGUUUCUGAAACUAAAUUUAGGUUCACAGUUUCUUUUUUGUGUGUGUGUAUUCACCCAUGUGUUUAUUUUUCGAUUUUUGAAAUUCUGCACAUUAAGCUCUCAUUCUUGUUACGGUUGUCUCCAAAUGUUUUGUGGAACGUGUACAGUCUGUUAUUUUUUCGUUUGUUAACAAUGCAUCUCGUACACUUUCGUCUACAAAUGAACUAUUUGACUAAUUUACGAGUUGUUUUGAUGAUAUCUGAAGGAAGUAGAGUACGUGUUAGUUUUGGAUCAGACUUUUAACAUGCUGGUAUUCUUUUAGACACGAACAAAAGAAGUUAAUUUCAUGCAAAGGACAAAGUCCUACUCUUUACUUUAGACUUAACAUUAACAUAUAAAGAUUAAUGUCGAUCAUGAAGUUGACUGUAGGUUAUUUGCAUCUCUUCGAUGUCUCUUGAGACAUAACUUAAUUUAUUCAAAGCCACUAACCAACGGAUGAAAUCAGCCCCUAUUCGUUGGUUUUAUCCUUACAAGUUUGGUGAAGAGAUUAAAAAGGACUUGAUACUCAGCCUGCUAUGUUCCCUAGCUAACCAUUGCAGAAACGUAGCUAGUAUUUCAAAAGUAUUCCUUAUAUUGAAACUAUGCACAAUCACUUUUAGGCUCAGCAAACGCCCGAAAUCCAAAUAGAUGCGACUCUUCACUGCAACAAAGUAACAACAAAGUUAUUGUGAGCUGGUUUAUCAACAUCAGGGCGUUUACCCCUGAUCCUUAUACAGAUAUAUGUUUUGGGAAGGCCUCUAAAGGAAACCCCUUUUCGAUCUUGUGCUGGAACAAAGCUGCAAACUCCUUUACGUUUUCUAACCACAGUGAUACGUUGUCGUCCUGUGACUGGUGUAAGACCUUCGUUACAAAUCCGCAAGCACUAGAGCAGCCUGAUGGUUCUGUCCGGAUGUCUGUGGAGGUGGCCCUGGAAGGAAAUUUUGGCCAGUUGGUAUAUUGGUAUAUAGUUUGGGACGGCGAACACAACAGGUUAAUCAAUGAAAUGCUCUUCUGCAUCUAUAGAGUAGGUAUGAUGUCAUUGAAAAAUUGAUUCCGUGUUGCGGUGUGCUGUUCUGUAACACAUCACAGAUCACGUUAAAAUGUGGUACUGCGCACUUUGUUGUAUGUUAUGGUAUAAUAUUGAAUGGGGAAGGAGGGUAUUGUGGCGAAAUGUAUUUCAUUUUAGAUUUCGUUUCCAUUAUUCAGCCAAUACCCCAUUAAAAAUGACAACGAGGGUGUAAGGUGUCAACUAUGCUUGCAGCAGAUUGCAGGCUGUUCUCAUCUUCUGACUCAUCAAUCUUUAACCUUUGGUUAUGUGGUUGUUUAUUCCACAGAAAGCUUUAACUGUGGCAAGAAACCACCUCUUCCUAGGAUAGUUCGCGGAACAAACACCAUCCCAGGGGAGUGGCCUUGGCACGUGUCUCUAAAAAAACAGGGACACGUUUGCGGUGGCUCAGUGAUCAGCCCGCGAUGGAUCGUGACAGCGGCUCACUGCUUUGACGGAGAGGAUCCAAAAGAUGUCAGCAUUGUUGCAGGUGAGACUAAUCUCCUUCCAGGUUUUAGAGUAGUUUUCCCCUGACUAAGUAAUGCAGUAUUGGGUCGGUUUUUCUUUAGUUCGUUCUAUGAUUGAUCUACAAAAAUCGAGCCACCUUCUCGACCAAUUAGAUGCAAAACUGCUCCAGACAGUUUGCUUGCUUUACCCUUUACACCGUAACAACAGUAUGCAUGCACAUCUUCUAUACUUUCCUUUAUACAUUUCCUAAAGAGCUGUCAAGGAGAAUUUAUUUAACAAUCAAGAGCUUUUAUAGUUGAUGAUUAUUUUCUGUAUUCUUGUGAUCUCAAUGCUUGAUUCAGGGCUGAUAUUGCAUGGAGAAAUUUAAUGCGUCACUUUUAGUGGUUAAUUAUGAGGCUAAAGUUAAAUUGAGUUACCAUUGGCUCCUUGUGCCGUCAAACAUCCUUCUGAUUGGCUAUUGUGUAUUCCGUUAGUUUUGAUUUUGGGUUUACCUACGUUUUAGUGUUACCGUCACGGAUAGCUGAAAUGAAUCUAUUUACGAUGUAGGCAAUUACCUAAACAAGCCCGUUUGACAUGUUUUCUGCUGCUUCCAAUUGAAAACAGGAAAAUAUCAUCUUUCAAGAACAGACGGUUUCGAGCAAGAACUUCGCAUCAAAAGGCUUUUCAAACAUCCUCGAUAUAACGUGACCUGUAAGCUCAACUACGAUGUGGCACUAGUAGAGCUAAACGGAACCCUAAAGUUUAACAACAGAGUGGGGUCUGUGUGUCUUCCCGACGCUGAGUUUGAUCCUGGCACCUUUUGCUUCAUCACUGGGUGGGGAACAACAUCGAAAAAUAGUGUUAAGGGAGAGGCCAAGGUACUUCUACCAUUGACCAUUAACAAUAAUCAAUACACGAAUUUCAGUAAAGUGUCAUCCAGACAGGUGGCAAAAAUUGAGGAAACUAUCGGCUAGUGUAUAUUUUUGGUCAUAAUUCAUCAAAUAUUUUGCUCGCACACGAUUGGUCUAAACGCAUUACGAGACCGAAUAUGCCUCAGCUAAAACUGGGUAAUAUCCAUUUGGUGCGAAAAUAUGCUUGUAUAUUUGUCCUUGGGUAGUAAUCGUUCCUCCUGGCUCACAGUUAUCCUCGAGCUCCGCUCUUUGAAAAUUUUUGGGAUCUAGGAACACAUUUUUGCGCCAAAAGUAUGCCAUUUUUUAUUUAUCCACAACACUAGGAAUGCGUGUAGAUUCAAGGGAAAUGCAGAUCUUGGCUUAGAGAGAAUUAAAAAAAUUGAUUCAUAUCAUUUGAACCAUUUCCAAAAGAGGACGGUGACUGUUGCUUUAGCGGGAAUGCGAACACAGCACGAGUGCUUUGAUCAUGAACUGUGCAUUUUUUCUGUUCGGAAGUAUUGUGAGUAAGUCACAGCCGAUCCAGUUUUAAAUAGAGGCUCACUUUCUUCAUUCCAUCUACCCCUUUCUCAAUUCUGUUUGUAUACAAAGGCGUCAACAAACUUAGGAAAAGUUGGGAAAGGGAAGGGGGGGGGGAACUGGUGAGGUGCAAUGAUAGCAGAGAAACCUCACUUUAUACAGCACGGCUAAACUGGCCAAUCAGCUAACACGAACCGUUCUUAAAACAUACGACUGACGACAACAAUUUACCUGACUCUGAUGAUGACCUCCGCACAAGCUUUCGAAACAUCAGUCAUUACUACCGACAACAGAGCUUCUCAGAACAGUUCACCCACGCGGACGAUUAGACUACACCAUGACAUACCUCACUCUCUCCAAACCUCCUUCGAAGAUUGUUGGCGUAAAUAAAAUGAACCGAAUCAUCGUUUUAAAAUAUAAUGUAAACUUUUUUCGAGUUCUUUAGUACUCUUCCAAAUUCUUAUUUCGGAAUUUUCCUUUUUACCAUCGUUCUAACUUACCUUGCAGAUUUUGAAACAGGCCAAAGUUCCUCUCGUGUCGCGUCAUAUCUGUAAGGAGAGCUACAAGGACCACCAUUAUUUAGGCUUCUGUGUCACAAAACGCAUGCGCUGUGCAGGCUACGCCAAAGGGGGUGUUGACGCCUGUCAAGGAGAUAGCGGAGGACCGCUGGUCUGUCGUAGACACAGGAAAUGGCAUCUAAUGGGUGUAAUCAGCUGGGGUGCUGGGUGUGGACGACCGGGACGUUAUGGAGUGUACGGUGAUGUUUUGAAGCUCAAGCGCUGGGUGCAACAAGUGAUACAAGAUUCAUAAAAACACAAGCCAUCAGGGAUCAGGUUUUCCUAGUUGCUCCAAUAAUUAACGUUUCCGUGGAUAGUAUCGUCUGAUAAUUUCAGUCCUAUUGUGGAUUAGCCAUGACCUUGAUUGUGAGUCACAUUCAAAUCGGUGGCCUUUGAGUGAAGUUAAUUUGAGAUUUUAGGCAUGUGUGAUUAAGAAAGUGUUAUCGUUUUAGUUCAGGUGGAAAUUCUGCAAACGACUUGUAGAUUUGCUGAAAUGGAUUUAAUCGACCGAAGAGAAAUAGAUAAGCUAGCUGUUGCAAUCUUUGCAUCUUGCAAAGUG